AUGCCAAAGCACCGUGCUGAUCGCCAACUUACAGAGAACUGGGAUGAGGAAGAGGAACCAGAAGAGGCAGGUGUAUUCCAACAAGCUUCUCAAGAUGUCAUGAAACAAAGAAAAAUUAAAAAGGCUGUUCGUAGGGCUGGAGGAACGGAGUCCACUACCAACUCAGGAGCAUUUUCUGGCUUUGGAGGAUUUGGAUCUCUAGGUGGAAACACUGGAUCCUUUUUCGGUAAACCAGCAACAAACGGGUCUUCUGCAGCAUCAACUGGACAAGUGUCUGCUACUGUUAAACUGUUUGAAACCUCGAAAAAUAACACAUUGUCAUCUGAUCAAACACCAAGUUCUGGGCUGAAUGGUGUAAAGAAGAAGGGAGACAACUCUGGCUACCUCAAACAGUUGAAGGCCUUGAAUGAAGGAGUUUUAGCAUGGAUUAAGCAGCAUGUAGAAAAGAACCCUUACUGUUUAUUGACUCCUAUUUUUAGUGAUUAUGAACAACAUCUGUCAGAAAUAGAAAAAAAAUAUCCUAAGGUGAAAAUUACUGAAAAAGGUACAGAUAAAGCUGAAGAGGAAAAGGACGAAAGCUCAAAAUCCAAGAAUUCUGAUUCCCCUGAAAAAACUAGUGGUUUCACCUUCACCAGUAGUGCUGCUCCCACAUUGACCUCCACCUCCCCAGCCAAGGCCUCGCCAUUCUCUGCAUUCAAGUUUGGUCCUGGAACGUCCUCUGGGUUCAAGCCCGCAUUCUCAUUUGGUACCACAAAUGCAGGAAAGACGGACAACACAGAGACAUCUCAGGCAGUUGAAGAAGAAGAGUAUGUUCCCCCAAAACUAGAAGUGAAGGUCGUGGAGGAAGAGGGUGCAGUUUACACAAAAAGGUGUAAACUAUUUUACCAAAAAAGUGGAGCCUGGGCUGACAAAGGUGUAGGCAAUCUUCACCUGAAGGAGGUGGAAGGCAAAUCUCAACUUGUUAUUCGAGCUGACACAAAUUUAGGGAACGUACUUCUCAAUAUACGCUUGUCCUCGUCUCUCCCUGCACAAAGGCAAGGAAAAAACAAUGUGAGUUUGAUGUGUAUACCUAACCCGCCUUUAGACCCAAAGAAGGAGGAUGACAAAACAGCUGUGCCGAUGUUAAUUCGUGUGAAGACAGGAGCAGAAGCGGAUGAAUUGUUAGCAAAAAUAAAUGAAAUGAAAAACUGACAGGUGGAUAAUUCAACGAAGGACUGGUAGUAGACAGGAAUGGUGCUUUCACAGUCAUUGUCAUUCUGUCAACAAACAAGAGAGGAAUGAUGGUGCAUCAGAGUUCAGUGCUGUAUGUACUUCUGUGUCAGACUGGCUGUGAGCUGUGCUCAUUUCACAGGCUGACAGUUAUCUUUGGUAAUCAGUAACAGUAAAGCUGAUAACAGCUAGAUUUUUCAGGAACAUCCUUGGACAGCAAUAUUUCUCAAUAUUUCUCAUGUUAAUAAUAAUAAUACUAUAGUUCACUUUGCUCACUUCACUCACUUCAUAUUUUCUCACUCUGCAUAUACAGGUAAAUGGUUUCUCAGGAAAUGGUUCGUGUUGUGGAUAUUAUACAAAUAUUCUACCACUGUAUGUGUUCAUGCUUGCAAACAGUGUGAGGGUCUUGAAGUCAUAAUUUAUUGUUCUAAUGAAAAUUGUCAGCAUCUGGGCCAUUUUGGUAAUUGUCUUAGUAAUUUUUGUCGUAUCGGUGACUGAUACGUAGAACUCCUUCCAGCUUGUAUCAAGACAGUCCAAAGUUGUGUACUCCUUGAUUUUUUUCUUUACUACAUGUAUAUCACAAUUAUCGUUCAACUUCACAGAAGAAAACCAUGCAUUCUACUGUCAUUUGGACCUUCUGUGUAGCUCGUCCUUGAGUCUCACAUUCCAUAAUUGCAAUUGCAGGGUCAGUUCAGGAAAGAUGAUGAGAAAUAAAAAACAUUAGUUUGUGCUUGAUUCUCUUUGGGAAAUAUGUAUUUAAUUUCAUUAAUGUGGAAUAACUGAUCACCUGAAAGUUUAAAACUUGGCUUUUUUUGGAAUUUGAGUUUGUAUAUCAAGAAAAUAAUUCUUUACACAUGAGACAUUUUAUCAGUGUUCAUACUACAUACUAGGUCUUACUUGGUGUUCCCCUUAUCACUACUGUUAGACUGUUGAUUUAUGAGUAUUUUCGUUGGACACUAAGACAUGAUAAAUAAAGAAAAAUUUGCAAAAUAAAAUAAAUCCAAAAGUGCAAAGAAAGAUCAAUUAUAUACACCAUUAUGCUUGUUGGCGAAAAAAAGAAAGCCAGGUGAAAAUACAGAUGCUAGUACAGUUGUCUCAAUAACACUGUUUUACAGUAUUUUAAACUCAAUUUUGAUACCAUGUAGCAAUGCCGUGAUUGGAUGUUCUUUGUUGAUGCUAUCAGAUGUAAUUGGUGUUUGAUUUGCAUAAAACUGUCAAGAAAUUAAAUUGUGUAAUGAAAAUGUGGUUUUCUUUUGGUACUAAAUUUACUGACAUGCCUCUGGUAAGUGUAGCACAAUGAGCAGAGCUUUAGGGUCUUCCAGAUGACCUUGCUUUAUAUAAUUUUGGGGGGGACAUAUCUGUGUGCUUGUCCAUCUGUAUUUUGACUUAGUGGCAAACAACAAUAAGCUUGUCUGUGUGCUGUAUCUCCAUAACUGUCUGACCAAAUUCAGUCAAAUUGUUAUUAAAGCUUAAUGGUAAGAACUGAAAACUGAUCAACUCAUGAGGUGUGUCAGUUUACUCUUAUGUUCUUUAGGUGAUAUCUCCAAAACCAACAGGCCUGUCUGCACCAAAUUUGGUCUGAAGCCUGUUUACCAGUAUUUAUAACAGAUAAGC